AUGACACCAGUCGUGUCAGUGGAGUUGCUGGACCCUGUCGGGGUUAUUUUGACAGGGACAGAGAUGAAAGGCCGACACACCACUCCUGAGGAGAGCCCACUGGCAGUGGCGUGCCGGGUGCCGUUGCAGCUCGUGUCUGCUACCUUCAGCUCACCGGCGAGACAGCAGUAUCGUCAUCACACGGAUGAGCCGCUCCCCGCGUCUCGGCCGGUGAAUCAGCACGCCAUCCAUCACGGCGCCACCUCUCCGGUUCUCCUGAGGGCGACGCUCAGUUGGCAGGCACUGACCAAGGAGCUGAACGCCUGCAGAGAGCAGCUGCUGGAGAAGGAGGAGGAGAUCUCCGAGCUCAAAGCAGAGAGGAACAACACCAGGUUGCUUCUGGAGCAUUUGGAGUGCCUGGUGUCCAGACAUGAGCGGUCUCUACGAAUGACCGUGGUGAAGCGGCAGGCUCAGUCUCCCUCAGGAGUCUCCAGUGAGGUUGAAGUCCUCAAAGCACUCAAGUCCUUGUUCGAACACCAUAAAGCCCUCGACGAGAAGGUCAGAGAAAGACUACGUGUGUCACUGGAGAGGGUGUCUGCCUUGGAGGAGGAGCUCACAGCAGCCAACCAGGAGAUUGUGGCCUUACGGGAGCAAAAUGCCCACAUCCAGCGAAAAGUUGCAUCCGGAGAUGGAGGAGAGGACAUACUGGAAAGCACUGAGGCUCAACAGAAGGUCCAUGGAAAGCGUCUAUCUAACGGCUCUCUUGAGACGGCCCGCGAGGCGAGCCAGGUGGUGGAGCUGCAGGACCUGCUGGAGAAGCAGAACUACGAGCUGGCCCAGAUGAAGGAGCGCAUGUCCUCCCUCUCCUCCCGGGUGUCCGAGGUGGAGCAGGAGCUGGAGACCGCCCGCAAGGACCUCAUCAAGUCGGAGGAGAUGAACAACAAGUACCAGAGGGACAUCAAAGAGGCCAUGUGUCAGAAGGAGGACAUGGAAGAGCGGAUCGUCACGCUGGAGAAGCGCUACCUGAGUGCCCAGCGGGAGUCCACCUCUGUGCAUGACAUCAACGACAAACUGGAGAACGAGUUGGCCAAUAAAGAAGCAUUUCUCAGACAGAUGGAGGAGAAGAACAGGCAGUUGCAGGAGAGACUGGAGCUUGCGGAGCAGAAGCUUCAGCAGACCAUGAGGAAGGCUGAGACGCUGCCAGAGGUAGAAGCGGAACUGGCUCAGAGGAUAGCGGCUCUCACCAAGGCGGAGGAGCGCCACGGGAGCAUUGAGGAGCGAAUGAGGCACUUGGAAUGCCAGCUGGAGGAGAAGAACCAAGAGCUGCUAAGGGCCCGGCAGAGAGAAAAGAUGAACGAGGAGCACAAUAAGCGGCUCUCUGACACAGUGGACAGGCUUCUCACAGAAUCCAACGAGCGUCUUCAGCUCCACCUGAAGGAGAGAAUGGCGGCUCUUGAAGAGAAGAAUAUUUUAAUCCAAGACUCGGAAGGAUACAGAAAACAGUACGAGGAGUCCAUCCAAGAAAAAUCGCAGCUGGCAGAGGAGAUUGAGAAACUGAGAUCAGAGCUCGACCAGUUCAGAUUGAGGGCAGGCUCCCUCACAGAACCCACUCUGUCACGGUCUCACCUGGACACUUCGGCUGAGCUUCGAUUCUCUCUGGGAUCGCUGGCAGAAACCCAGUCGGACCACUACCGCUCAGCCAAAGUCAUCCGCCGGCCAAGGAGAGGCAGAGUAGGCCUGCGUGAAACAAAGGCCAAAUCGCUGGGGGAGCACGAAUGGCGCUCGCAGCAGCUGGGGGUCCUGGGAGGACACCACUUUGAGAGCGACACGGAGAUGUCCGACAUCGACGACGACGACAGGGAAACGCUGUUUAGCUCCAUGGACAUGCUGUCCCCCAGCGGCCACUCCGAUGCACAAACCCUGGCCAUGAUGCUGCAGGAGCAGCUUGAUGCAAUCAACAAGGAGAUCCGGCUGAUACAGGAGGAGAAGGAGUCGACAGAGCUGCGGGCAGAGGAGAUUGAAAACCGGGUUGCCAGUGUUAGCCUGGAGGGGCUCAAUCUGGCUCGAAUGCACCACCACGGAGCCUCCAUCACUGCUUCAGCCACCGCGUCCUCCCUUGCCUCCUCUUCCCCACCCAGUGGACACUCCACCCCUAAACUGGACCCCAGAAGCCCAGCACGGGACAUGGAGCGCAUGGGAGUCAUGACACUGCCCAGUGAUUUGAGGAAACACAGGAGAAAGAUCGCAGCAGUGGAAGAGGACGGCCGAGAAGACAAGGCCACCAUUAAAUGUGAAACAUCCCCCCCUCCAACGCCACGCACUGUCCGAAUGACACACACACUGCCAGCUUCCUCACAUAACGAUGCACGAGGGAUUGUGGCCUCUCUGGAGGCUGAAGCCAGCGCCUUAAGUAGCGUAGCCAGCAGCCAAGACUCCCUCCACAAGCAGCCAAAGAAAAAGGGCAUCAAAUCAUCCAUCGGGCGGCUGUUUGGCAAGAAGGAGAAGGGGAGAAUGGCACAUCUAGCACAUAGACAGGUCAUGGUAGAUCCACAAGCAACUAUGAUGGACUCUGAUGUGUCGGGCCAGGACAUGGGGGUGGGCAAGUUGGGAACUCAGGCUGAGAAGGACCGCAGAUUGAAAAAGAAACACGAGCUACUGGAGGAAGCCCGGAGAAAAGGUUUACCUUUCGCCCAAUGGGAUGGCCCCACCGUUGUAGCAUGGCUGGAGCUGUGGUUGGGGAUGCCGGCCUGGUACGUGGCCGCGUGCCGGGCCAACGUGAAGAGCGGCGCCAUCAUGUCGGCUCUUUCCGACACAGAGAUCCAGAGGGAGAUAGGAAUCAGUAACCCUCUCCACAGACUCAAACUCCGCCUGGCCAUCCAGGAGAUGGUCUCCCUCACCAGCCCCUCGGCCCCGCCCACGUCCAGAACCCCAUCAGGCAAUGUUUGGGUGACCCAUGAGGAGAUGGAGACCCUGGCAGCCCCUUCCAAAACGAAAUCGGACUCUGAAGAGGGGAGCUGGGCACAGACUCUUGCUUAUGGGGACAUGAACCAUGAGUGGAUAGGCAACGAGUGGCUGCCCAGUCUUGGACUACCUCAGUACCGCAGCUACUUCAUGGAGUGCCUGGUGGACGCCCGCAUGCUGGACCACCUCACCAAGAAGGACCUGAGGGUGCACCUUAAAAUGGUGGAUAGCUUCCACAGAACAAGUUUACAGUAUGGAAUCAUGUGUCUGAAGAAGCUCAACUAUGACAGAAAGGAACUAGAGAGACGCAGGGAACAGAGCCAGCAUGAGAUGAGAGGCAAGACAAGCCCAAGAAUGUAUAAACAUCAAACAAAAUCAACGCGUGCAAAGAUUUAUUGUAAGCCUGCUUUGGUCUUUGCAGAUGUGUUGGUGUGGAGUAACGAGCGGGUCAUCCGCUGGGUGCAGAGCAUAGGCCUGAGGGACUACGCCAACAUUCUGCUGGAAAGCGGCGUGCAUGGAGCUCUGGUCGCCCUGGAUGAUAACUUUGACUACAGCAGCUUGGCGUUGCUCCUCCAGAUUCCAAACCAAAACACUCAGGCACGUCAGAUUCUGGAGCGAGAGUACAAUAAUCUGCUGGCGCUGGGCACCGACAGGAGACUGGAUGAGUGUGAUGACAAGGACUUCCGGGGGCCGUCGUGGCGGAGGCAGUUUCCUCCUCGGGACAUCCACGGCAUCAGCAUGAUGCCUGGGUCAGCAGAAACGCUGCCCGCCGGGUUCCGCCUGACCACCACGUCUGGACACUCGCGAAGACUGCCUCCAGAGGCUCGCAGCAGCAGGCGCGAGGGCCAGCUUCUGCUUCUGCUGUUUGUGAGGAUCAUUCUGACUGUGUCUCUUGUUCUCUCCGACUCUGACGGCUGCUCCGCAGUCCUCUAUGAGGCGAUGGAUGAUAGUCCUGACGACAUGUAUUUGGACUGGUUUCAAGUCGGAUCAUCUGCGGUGCAGCGACUGGACAGUUCCACGGUGAGAACCUACUCCUGCUGA